AUUGUGCUAGCUCACGAAAUCCCACAGUGCAACACAUUUGACGAUUCGCAACUAAUUUGACAGACUCACUUGUCUCUGUCAUUCUUUGCUGUCAGCUCAGGUAAUCGUGAAAAAUUAUCCCAGAGAAACACGCCGAAGAUGUUCGCCCGCGCCGCUAACGUUACCCGCACCGGUAUGACCAACCUGGUCCGGUACUCUCACUCGCACGGAGGAAUCCCUGGCGAGAACCUUCCGUUCAGCCUAACCAACCGGUACAAGCUGACCGCGAUGUUCAUCGUGUUCUUCGGCUCCGGACUGGGUGCCCCCUUCUUCAUCCUCAGACAUCAGCUGUUGAAGAAGUAAGAAGUAUCCGGUCGAGUUUUGAUAUGAGGGCCACACACAAUCUGGCCCUCUCUUCAUCUGUUAGUGAGUUCGAACGAUAUGUUAUUCCGCAAAGGAUGAAGUAACGCAAUAAUAAAAUCAUCCAAAUCUGGUGCGCUAUAAAAAAAACACACACACAAGCA